ACGGAUGCUGCUACUCGCUUGCGAUCGAUGAACCGCCAAGCCAUAUGCACGUAAUGCAAGCCCUAGAACCCGUUUCCCCAAUCAACCAUAUGCAGGCGGCAUCUGUCGAGCACACGCAACGCAAGCAUCGAUCUGCCGGUAUCUCUAAGCUUGAGCCAGCCCAGAGCCGGCCGCCGGAAUCUACUACUCUCUGACGACUCGACGCGUUAGCUAGCUCGUCGUUGGCUACAAAUUGCGCUGCUCUUCAGGGGCUUGUAUUGCCAUGACCAUUAUUCACUAGGGAAUGUCAUAGUAGCUAGCUACAAUGGCGUCGUCGUCUUCUCUAGCGAUCAGAAGCGUCCUAGGCUGCCUGAUCCUCGUGGCCCUAGCCGUGUGCGGCCUGCCGUCCCUAGGCUCGGCCAUGGGCGUGCCCCAGCGGCAGCCAAACCCCAUCAACUUCACCAUCGGGGUGGAGGGCGUCGUCUGGUGCAAGAGCUGCCGGUACCGCGGCUACGUCGAGUCCAGGGACGCGUCGCCACUCCGGAACGCCUCGGCGCUGCUGCGGUGCCGGCAUGGCCGCCGGGCGCUGUCCGUGUGGAGCGCCACGAACGCGCACGGCUACUUCCUGGUCCAGACGGGGGCGCAGGCGGCGCCCUUCACGAGCAGGAACUGCAAGGUGUACGUGCCGCGGUCGCCGGUGCGCGGCUGCCGCGUGGCCGUCAGCCCCGGCCGCAACAAGGGGUCUCCGCUCAAGUUCCGCAGGUUCGUCACGCGCACCGACGGGCUGCAGGCGCGCUACUCGGCCGGCAGCUUCACGUUCGCGCCGCAGGACCGCUCCAAGUGUGACUGAUGACCGCGAACGGCCCUCUAAUAGAGACUUCCAAAGGGCUCGAUCGCCCGCAUCCCGUCAGGGAUGGGGCUGUAAAUUACAGUAUAAUUAAUAAUAAGCAAGGUCAUGAAGCCGAUGUGCCUUUUGUGCUU